AUGUCGAAACCAAUUGUCCUCCACCUCGGCGACGACAUCCGCUGGAAUCAUGAUCAAUACAACAAGUUCAAUGAUGCCUUUGAGAUCCGCCGAUCCUAUAGCAUGUCUCGGCCGGAGUUUAUCCGAGCCCUAAAAGAGCGCCAAUUCGGCGACUUCUUCGCCAUCUACCGCCCAUUUUGGAAUACAGGUGGCGAGAUGGGAAACUGGGAUGAGGAGCUUGUCUCGCUACUCCCCGCUUCCUGUAAGGUGUAUGCCAGUGCGGGUGCCGGAUUUGAUUGGGUUGAUACUGCAGCUUUGGCGAAGAAGGGCGUUGUUUACUGCAAUGCCGCCGCAGCAUGCACAGAGUCCGUCGCCGAUGCCGCCAUCUGGCUCAUUAUCUCAACCUUCCGUCUGUUCUCUUGGUCACACGUUGCUGCACGAGCCGUGGAUGCCGACGCCUUUGUCGACGCAAAUCGCAAUUUGGCAAUGGUCUCACACAAUCCCAGGGGACAUACAUUGGGAAUCAUUGGAUUCGGUCAAAUUGGACGGCGCACCGCCGAAAAGGCCUUCCUGGCCAUGAAUAUGAAAAUUCAUUAUCAUGACAUCGUGCAGAUGCCGGCACACUUGGAAGCCGUCUCGAAGGCAACAUACCACAAGGACAUGGACAGUCUUCUCGCUGUUUCCGAUUGUGUAAUGGUUGCGACUCCAUUCAGUGGCGAGACACUGCUCAAUGCAUCUUUGCUGGCAAAGAUGAAGACCGGUUCGCGAUUAAUCAAUAUUGCUCGUGGUAAGCUGCUUGACGAGAGUGCUCUUGUCGAUGCUUUGAAGAGUGGUAAGCUCGCCGCCGCCGGCUUGGAUGUGCACUAUGAUGAGCCCCGAGUUAGCCCUGAGCUUGCAGCUAUGAAGAACGUUGAGAUGAUGGCACACAAUGCGGGUGCUUCGGUUGACUCACAUAUUGGAUUCGAGAGGUUGGGUAUGGAGAAUAUUAUGUCGUUCUACAAGACUGGAAAGGCCGUUACGCCGGUUAAUGCACACCUAGUGGCUAAGUCGACAGGUUCCAAGCUAUAG